AUGGGUGCAGCUUCCAUGAUUUGGAAUCCUGACCUAAUCCACUACCUAUGCAUUGCAAAAUCAACAACAAUUCUCGCACAUCACAUCAACAAUUCCAAAGAUUCAUCCACCAUAGAAACAUUAGCAUCUAAAUGCUUAGAACAUUCCCCUCCAAAUCAUUCCUUUUUCUCUCACACCGUCAAUAAUCGCACCUACUCCUUCAUAAUCCAACCCCCCUUCGUUCUCUUCGCAAUCUUCGAUGACAACCUUCUCAAAUCACACGCUCUCGCUUUUCUCAACCGUAUCAGAUCCUCCCUCCUCGAAACCCUUGAUAAAAAUGACACCUUUACCCCUUUCUCCCUUCAGGCCCAAUUCGAUUCUGUUAUAAACGAAACCCUAAAUUUCUAUGACCUAUCUUCUAAUCCCGGUAGCUCGGUGAUUUCGCCGACGAAUUCGCGAACCCUCCUCGUGAAACCCGAUGAAGGAUUGAAGAAAAAGAAGAGAAUUGUUGAUGAUGGUAAAGAAGCUGCAUUGGUGGAUUUAUCUUCGGAUGAUACCAGUUCCUUGCAGCUUUCGAAGAUCAAUGAUCGUCAGAAAGCGAAGCAUAUAUGGAAGAAACACGUGUGGGUUGUUUUGAUGCUUGAUUUGUUUGUCUGUGCUGUUUUGUUUGUGAUUUGGUUAUGGGUUUGCAGCGGUUUCAAAUGCAUGGCUUAUUAA